UUGAAGACGAUAAAACUAACUACAGGUGUGUGGUACUGGAAAGGUGAUACAAACACAAAAAAUUUUGCAAAAAAAAAAAGAAUGAUCUCCAGUCCCACAGCAAAGGAAAACUUGAAGGCAGGAAAAAAUAUUCACUUUCAGGAAAUGCGUGUCGAGACAUUAAAGAGCAUCUUCCAAGAUGACUGCAGUGCAAUGCUCCCUGAAAGAAGGCUGGCUGACAAAGAAGGAAAAUUGCAUAGGCUGUCCAAGUGGGUACAGCAUGAAUAUGAGGUGUUGGAUGAUGUCAAAUGUGCUGCUUUGCUUUUGAAAGAAGCAAAUGAGUCACAGUUAUCAUUUGCAGCAGUUAUGAGGAAUGAGAAACUAGAUGAGUUCCUCAUGGCCUUGCUCUUCUACCUAUCUUUUUACCUGGAAAAAAUUGCCAUGGAAAAGAAAUGCAGGUCCUUAAUUUCCAAGACUAUGAUAUUUUUAGAGAAGAAAGACAUGGAUGAUGUGCUGGCGAAGUUAGGGUGGCCAGGGUUCACCUUGCCAGAGUGUACCUGUAACUGUGUCCUCAGGAGAAAAACAAUGUUGCAGAAAGAUCAGAACUUCUUUGAGGGCCUCUACAACUUCUGCAGCUAUAUGGCUUGUCUUGUGUUCAAACAGAGGCACUUCCAAGUGAUUCAGGAAGAAAUUGGCAGGCUUCUUUGCUCUGACGUGUUCAAUCCUGCCUUAAGAGACAGGAACAAUGCUGACUUGCAGAAACCAGGAGAGUGGACUGCUAAUACAAAUACAGUGUGUUUGCCAUCACCAAGAAAAGUCCAUGCCAAGCAUCCUUCCAUAAACAGCAUGGUUCACCAGCGCUCACCAGUGCUCAGCACACUGCUGCCCUCACUGAAGGACAGUGCUCAGUACCUCUUUAAAUCUCUUAUAAGCAUGCCUGCUGGGACGAUGGAGGAAGAGGAGGAAGAGGAAGAACAAGAAGAAAGAAUUAAGGAAUGGUUUCUCCAUCUGGAGAAAUGCUUUGUAGUCAGAGCACUGUGCUCCCAAGAGCAAUGA